UGCUCCACACUCUGUCCAGCAGGUGGCGGUAACGCCCCGGGAGCCGGUUUGUCCGCCGCCAUUAAAAGCCAGAGAAGAAGUAGGUGACGCUCAGCGGUGGAGUCAGUUCACAUUCACCUGUCCGGAAGCACCAGGCUCAUUCAUGACUGCUCAGGUGUGUGUGUUGUACUUCGCUAAGAGCGUGGAGCUGACCGGAGUGAAGCAGGAAGACAUUGUUGCCGUGCCGACACCAAUCAGCAGCCGAGACCUCUGGAGUCUGUUGCUACAGCGACACCCGAGACUGUCUGUCCUUCAGGAUCAGGUGGUGUUGGCAGUGCGUCAGCAUUACGUUGCCAUCGGUGACCAGGUAGUAACCCUGGGAGACGGGGACGAGGUGGCCGUGGUGCCGCCGCUCAGCGGAGGAUAGAAUAUAGGAGAGA